UGCAGAAAUCAAAAUUAAGAAGGGAAGGAUACAGAAAUGGAAGAUGAAGGAGAGAUAUACGACGGAACAAGAGCUCAGUUCCCUCUCACUUUCGGCAAACAAUCGAAAUCCCAAACCCCUCUCGAGCAAAUCCAUAACGCCACCCGCCGCCCUACUCCUCCCUCCACCGCCUCUGACGACAAAUCCAAUGCUUUCCCUUCUCUCUCUUCCUCCUCCAAGGCCUGGCUCGACUCUCUUCGCACCUCCAAAACCCCUAACCCUAACCCUACAAUUGGGCCUUCUCCCCCUAAUUCCAGCCCCCACGACAACGAAGAUGUCAUUAUUGGACCCCCUCGCCCGCCAGCAGGUUUUAGUAAUGCGGUUGAGGAUGAUGAAGAUGGUAAAGUUAUGGUAGGGCCUUCUGGUGAUGACGACGACGAUGAUUCUGUGAUGAUUGGACCGCCACGUCCGCCACCGUCACGAGAUUCGGAUUCCGAGGAAGAAGAGGAGGAAGAGGAGAAUCGGCAUCGAAUACCUAUGAGUAAUGAGAUUGUGCUCAAGGGCCAUUCUAAGGUUGUCUCAGCUCUUGCUGUUGAUCACACUGGGUCUAGAGUUCUUUCUGGGAGUUACGACUAUACAGUACGCAUGUAUGACUUCCAAGGGAUGAAUUCACGUUUGCAAUCAUUUAGGCAGCUUGAACCAUUUGAAGGUCAUCAAGUUCGCAAUUUAAGCUGGAGCCCAACUGCAGAUCGUUUUUUGUGUGUGACGGGUUCUGCUCAAGCUAAGAUAUAUGACCGUGAUGGACUUACACUAGGUGAGUUUGUAAAAGGGGACAUGUACAUUCGUGAUUUGAAGAAUACCAAAGGCCACAUAUCUGGGUUGACUUGUGGAGAGUGGCAUCCUAAAACUAAAGAGACUAUUUUGACAUCUUCAGAGGAUGGAUCAUUGCGUAUAUGGGAUGUAAAUGAUUUCAAAAGUCAAAAGCAGGUCAUCAAACCGAAGCUUGCUAGGCCUGGAAGAAUUCCAGUUACAACAUGUGCUUGGGAUCGUGAAGGAAAAUGCAUUGCUGGUGGCAUUGGAGAUGGUUCUAUACAGAUAUGGAACCUCAAGCCUGGAUGGGGAAGCAGGCCAGAUUUGCAUCUUGAGAAAGCUCAUUCUGAUGAUAUUACUGGGCUUAAAUUUUCUAGUGAUGGACGAUUUCUACUUUCAAGAAGCUUUGAUGGCUCACUGAAGGUUUGGGAUUUGCGAAAAACGAAAGAUACUCUGAGGGCUUUUGAGGAUCUUCCAAAUAACUAUGCUCAAACAAAUAUAGCAUUUAGCCCUGAUGAGAAGCUCUUCUUGACUGGAACGUCUGUUGAAAGGGAGAGCACAACAGGAGGUUUGUUGUGCUUUUAUGAUCUGGAAAAACUUGAUCUUGUUUCCAGGGUGGGAAUUUCUCCAACUUGCAGUGUUGUGCAGUGCAUGUGGCACCCAAAACUAAAUCAGAUAUUUGCAACAUCUGGAGAUAAAAGCCAAGGUGGAACUCACAUAUUAUAUGAUCCAACACUCAGUGAGAGGGGAGCUCUUGUCUGUGUUGCACGAGCACCUCGGAAAAAAUCUGUGGAUGAUUUUGAGGCACAACCUGUUAUUCAUAACCCCCAUGCACUACCCUUAUUUAGAGAUCAACCAAGCCGCAAGCGUCAGCGAGAGAAGAUAUUGAAGGAUCCUAUCAAGUCCCAUAAGCCUGAACUUCCAAUAACAGGACCAGGUUAUGGUGGAAGAGUCGGAGCAAGUAAAGGAAGCUUGUUGACUCAGUAUCUACUUAAGCAAGGAGGAAUGAUCAAGGAGACAUGGAUGGAGGAAGACCCAAGAGAAGCUAUAUUGAAGUAUGCUGAUGUUGCAGCUAAAGAUCCCAAGUACAUUGCUCCAGCGUAUUCAGAAACCCAGCCUCAACCAGUUUUUGCAAAAUCAGAUUCUGAGGAUGAAGAAAAGUAAUCUGAUCAUCAUAUGUUUCAUUUGCUGUUUGCUGACUGGUAAUGGAUCUCAUGAUAAUGUGCCACGCUUCUCCAAACUGUUACCUGUGGGUGAGAACAAGGCAUUGAAGAAGAAAUGAUAAAUUGUGCUGAAGUUACCAUCGUAGCUUGUAAUUGGUGAUAGUUAAAAGGAAAAUUUCCUUCGGUUAUCUUCUGAGACUCGAGUUCCGAUCUCAGUGACCCGACAUGGCAAAAAUGUAGACGAGCACCUAUCUCAUGAUUAUGUAUCACACUCCCCUUCUCUACCAUAGAAUCCUGUUGAAUUGCUGCCAACCGCCACCUAGAGAGAUUGUACUCUCCAGGCUAUUAUUCAGCUUGAUGUAAGGUUCAACCUUCAAGGCCCUUGUCAUGCCGUAUAAUUUGCCGUUUUAUUGGUUCAUUGUAACAAAAGCUAUGCUAGACUGAAUGUAUUAUUUGCCGGAAUUGGGUGCAAACAACGACAUCGUGUUAUUAUUAUUAUCUUGAUAAAGCUCGUUAAUUUUCAUUCCCUGAA